AGCGAUAUUGCCGGCUUUGUGUUUGCUGACCGGAGAGUGCUCCUGCUUUUCUUCCGUCUCCGCAUAAACAAGCCAGACUCGCCUUUUCUUGCCCAAUCACGAAAAAACCGAUAUACUGCGCUCUUUUUGCAUUUCGCAUUUCUUGGAGAAUAACGUUGCAGUGGCCUGCGUGUCGCAUCGCUCGCACUCAAUGUAGAACUUCUGUAUCUGGCGUCACCAGAAGAAGUUGCAAUAAGGACAAAGUUAUGUUGGCAACCACCAUUUUUCUACUGCUUCUACUGCAAUACGAAUGCCAUGCAUCUGCCGCGGUAAAAGCGAAAACACCCCAUGAACCUGAAAAACAUUUGAAAACGACGAGAAAUUACUCUGAGAAAAACAAGACAUCAAUAGACAACCCUCGUCCAAUGGAAAGAGGAAUACCAAAGGGUGAAAUUUGCUACGCUAAUGUUGGCUGCUUCUCUCUACGUGACCGACUGACGCUCCCAUCUAAUUUGCCAAGCGACCCGAACUAUUCCAAGCCUCAAUUUCACCUCUACACAAGAAAUAAACGGCACAUUCCAACAAUUUUCCAGCUGAAGCCAACAGAAGGCUAUCGGUAUCUGGUGGAGUUUAGCCGAGCGAAACCACUAUUUAUUUUGGUGCAUGGUUGGCUGGAGUCCGCAUACGCUCCCUGGGCGCAGUCCAUCAAGGACGCUCUUCUUAACGAGGUGGAUGGCAACGUUGUCGUUGUCGAUUGGAGUGGAUUGGCAGCCACGACGUAUGCAAAUGCAGCGGCCAACACAGCGGCUGUGGGGCGCACGCUGGCGCUGGUCAUGCAGCGGCUCGUUCAGGAGUUCCCACUGAGCGCAGCACUCGUACACGCCAUUGGAUACAGCUUCGGCGCGCAGGUGUCCGGUUUCUUCGGCAGAAACCUCAAGAAAAAUACGGGCACUCUAAUUGCUCGCAUAACAGCACUGGACCCGGCUGGUCCCUUAUUCAACGAAACGGACGUCUGUGUAUGCCCUGAGGACGCCGCCUUCGUAGACGUCAUCCACACCAGCGGCGGCUACAAGCACCAGCCAUGGCAACUAGGACUCCUCAGGCCUACAGGUCACGUGGACUUCUACGUGAAUGGUGCCAAGAACCAACCCGGAUGUUAUGGCUCGACGCUGUGCGACCACAUGAGGGCCCCGAUUCUGUUCCUCGAGUCACUGGUGAACAAGGCAUGUCGCAUGGUGUCGCGGCCGUGCAGAGAAGGCUUUGCGGCUUUCCUACGUGGGAAGUGCGGCCCUGCCGAUGCUGGACUUGACCGCGGAGAGAUGGGCUUUUUUAGCCCUCGGGCUAUCGGCCGCGGUAUCCAGCUGGUUUCUACAGGCGCCGGCCCACUCGGAUAUUUCUGCAUUAAAGAGCGCAAAGAAUAAUUGCGGCUGUCCCUGAUCUUGUG